CAACACAAGUUGAAAAAAUAUCCAACAAUAAACUAUGUCUAUCCAAUCAUCUUCUCUUGGUGUGCAUCCAUUUUCUUAAGCCCCACCCUUACCCCAUCAUGUUAUAUACUACCAAACAUAUUAGUUAUUUUUGUGCUCUCUCUCUCUCUCUCUCUCUCUCCCUCUCUGAGAAGUUGAGGUUGUCCCGGUGAACAUGGGCAGAAAGUGCUCUCAUUGUGGAAACGUAGGCCAUAAUUCAAGGACCUGCACAACUUACAGGGGAACAUUUUCUGGUGGUCUUAAGCUCUUUGGAGUGCAGCUUGACCUUUCUUCAUUUUCUGUAGUUGCCAUGAAGAAAAGUUUUAGCAUGGAUUGCUUAUACCCAUCAUCCUCCUCAUCAUCAUCCCCAUCUUCAUCAUUGUCCUCUUCUAGAAUUUCCCUUGAUGAGAAUUCUGACAGAACAACAUUUGGUUAUCUCUCUGAUGGUCUCAUUGGUCGACCCCAAGAGAGGAAAAAAGGAGUUCCAUGGACAGAAGAGGAGCACAGAACAUUUCUGCUCGGGCUUGACAAGCUCGGGAAGGGUGAUUGGAGGGGCAUCUCCAGGCACUAUGUAACAACAAGAACACCAACACAAGUUGCUAGCCAUGCUCAGAAGUAUUUUCUUCGACAGGCAAGCCUCAACAAGAAGAAGAGACGUUCAAGCCUCUUUGACAUGAUUGGGAGCAGCAACAACUAUAAUUCAAAGCCAAGUGAUCUGGUUCCUGCUCAACACAACUCUCAACGUAAAAUUCACCAUGAUACCACUCUGUCUCUGCUAGGCCUUACUUCUUCCUCUGAGCAUAUCAAACCAGAUAACCAGGAAACUGACAAUCCUCAAUUAGCUUCUUCUAACAACCAGAAAGUACCUGUUUGGCUAUAUGGGUUGCUUGAUUCCCAGCUGAAAGCUUCAAAUUAUGCAGCCAAACCCAGUUCCUCCAUUGCAGCACCUAAUCUGGAGCUCACACUCGCAGCUCCAAAGCCUUUGGAACAAAAUAAGCCUUCCCCAGCACCCCUUAUUUUCGGCCCUGUUAGUGUUACCUGAACACAUUCAUGGAUAAUCCAUGGAAAUUAUGUCACCCCGAGCAGAAGAGAAGAGGAUCAAGUAACAUGUAUUAUUCACGGUAUUAAUUAUUAGUAUAGUUUGUACAUCUUAAUGGGAAAUUGUCCCUUUUUUUUCCUCUUUCAGAAUAAAUAGAUCUAUAAUGAUACCACCAUGAAAACUAGUCAACAAUCUUUACUGGAUAUGCCUGUUGUUCUCAACGGGUGACUGCAACAUGUGUGAUAGCAAUAUAGCUGCCUUAUGUAGUUUUCUCUUAUUUAGUUGCAGGCUCAGACAGAUUAGCAUCUCUUAUAUAUAUUGUUCUCAUCA